AUGAAGCUGUCGGCCCUUUCCCUCCUUUCUUUCGCUCUAUCUGCAACCGCAGCACCUACAGGCUCCGAUUUUAGCCUGGUCGGGUUCGCCAAAGAUAAUCCAAUCGGCCCAACAACUGGUGGUCAAACCAAGGAAGGCAAAAGCGUCACUGUAGAGACUUUGGCCGACUUCGUCAAGGCAGUAACUAGCACGGAGCCUCUUGUAGUUUACGCCAAGGGCAACUUCAACCUCACCUCGCGAGUUCAAGUCCAGUCCAACAAGUCCCUCAUUGGCCUCGGAAAGGGUGCUCAGAUCACAAGUCAUGGCCUCAACAUUUACAACAAGACCAAUGUGAUCAUCCGCAACUUUGGCUUCACAGCCACUGCCGACGACGCCAUGACAAUCCGCAACAGCACACGUAUCUGGAUCGAUCACAACGAAUUCACUACCGGCAACUUCCCCGCGCUAGGCCCUGAUGCAUUCGACGGCCAAGUCGACAUCAUCCGUACAUCAGACUGGAUCACCGUAUCCUGGAACUAUUUCCACGACCACUGGAAGAGCUCAUUGGUAGGCAACAGCGACGCCCUUCGAGACAUCGACCAAGGCCACCUCCACGUCACCUACCACCACAACUACUGGCGCCACGAAGGAACACGAGGCCCUGCCGGCCGCUUCGGCCACCAACACGUCUACAACAACCUCUUCGUCGACUUCCUCUACCAAGCCAUCCACUCCCGAAGUGACAACCAAGUUCUCGUCGAAGGAAACGUAUUCAAAGGAAACACACGCGAGGCACUUAGCACGUACGGCCUUGUUAUCCCAGACGACAGCCCGAAUACCAGCCCCGACGGCGACUUUGAAAUUGACGGCUUUGCGAAUCUGGGAGCGAAGAACGAUUUCGGCAAGGCCGGCGUGAAUAUCACUCAGGUUGGAAAUUUUACGCAAGCGCCGUACAAGUAUAAGCUUACGCCGCUGAAUAAGGUGGAGGGUGUUGUUAAGAAGGGGGCUGGCCUGGGUAAGAUCUAA